AUGCGGGCUUUCCAGUGUACCAAGUUGUUACCUUUUCUUUGUCUUACUCUGGGUGUGAACGCAACUCCCACACCUGCUAGUACCGCGACCCUGAGUGCUCGGAACUCUGCUUCAACGGCUUGCGGUUAUAUUGUUAAUAAUGAGGAUACGGUUGUAUUCAAUGCAAGUCUGGCUUAUGAAUGCCUUACCAGCGUACCUUUUAAUGCUGCUGUCGCCUCUCGUUUUGUCUCAUAUUAUAACGAUACCCUUCAAUUUCAGAGCACAUUGUCAUAUUUGAAAAAUCCACCCACAAGCUAUCAGCAGCCCGCUGUGGACCUAAUAGCUGGAUUAAAUCGAAUUCAAACCGCGAUAGACGAGGGGAUCUUCGCAAAUCAAUACGAGUUCGAGGCUGCUUUACAGACUUUGAUUUACGCUGCGCACGAUGGCCAUGUCGAUAUGUUAGCAGGAGCAUUGUCCGCCUUCAGUUUCGCAAGUCCAAGAGAUGUGGUCUCGCUAUCAUUGGAUGGCCAGCAAGCUCCAAAGGCUUACCUUGCCGAUGAUCUUUUCGAAAGUGACUUUUUCACAUCGUUCCAACCUUCCGCCAUCAAGUCAAUCAACGGUCAAGAUGCUACAACUUAUCUUUCAAAUUUCGCAUCGUUAAAUUCAGUAGGCACACUUGAGGCUCAUGCAGAUUGGAAUCAGUUGAUGCUCAGUGCGGCUCAAGAUAUUCAAGGAUUCUUCAAUGUCUUCAGCGGGGGUGCGACUUUCUACCCUGGCGACAAAAUUACUUUCGUACUGGAAAAUGGGACGUCUUGGACAGAAAAUUAUCUCGCAAUCUACGAUAGUGACGGCCCAACAGGUCCUCUUGAGACCGGAGGUGACUUUUACAAUUUCUUCGUCUUGGGGUUUUAUCCUGCCUCAUACGAUCCGUAUGAUGAUUAUGAUUCGGAGGAUGAUUCUGAGGAUGAUUCAGAGGAUAGUUCUUCGAUUGCAUCUGCCACCAAUUCAGCUACAGCCACGGCCAUUUCUACACCAAUUCCGACUGGGUGGGACAAUCAGGCCUACCCUGCUAUACCUGAUAUUUCCCAGGAAGAUCUUGGAACAUUUGGCGAUGGAUAUGUUUCUGGUUACUUCCUGAAUUCUUCGUCUACUGCCGUUUUGAGCAUUCCCAGCUUCGACGUUGAUGGGGAUGCAGUUUUCAGCUUCCAACAAACGAUUGUCCAAUUUAUCAAUCAGACACAGGCAGCCGGUAUCAAAAAGGUCGUAAUUGAUCUUCAACAAAAUUAUGGCGGCCAAGCCUUACUAGCAAUUGAUACAUUCAAGCACUUUUUCCCGAAUAUCGACCCAUUUGCCGGUUCUCGCAUGCGGGCCCAUGCUUCUGCUGAUGUACUUGGUAAAACUUUAACCCCGUACUGGGAUGAUUUGGCCGAAGACGAUGAGACAAAGUAUAUGCUAGCCGCUGAUGAAUGGGUUGUCACUAAUCAUAUCAAUGCGGAUACGAAUCACAACUUCACAGACUGGGCGCAGUUUUUUGGACCUAACUUACACAAUGGUGACAAUUUCACUCAUAUUCAACGAUAUAAUUUAUCUAAUGCCAUUUUUGAUGCAUCGGGUACUGGUCUAGAUAUUAGCGAUGACUCUUUUGCAGUUUACGGCUAUGAUGCUAAUCCUGCACCGUCUGGAGCUCAGCAGCCACCUUUUGCAGCAGAAGAUAUUAUAAUUCUCUCUGAUGGUAUAUGCCAUUCUUCGUGCAGUCUAUUCAUUGAAAUGCUCCACCAUGAGGCUGGUGUUAAAGUCGUAGCAGUAGGCGGUAAUCCGUCACCAGGACCAAUGCAAGCGCCUUCAGGGAGUCGUGGUGCACGUGACUACGAUGCUUCUACUCUUGAUGCCAACAUUGAUUUCGCGCAACGAAUUUUGCAAGAGCAAGGUUCACCGGAUGCGACAUUCCUUCCAAAUAGAACGGAGCAACUGAGUGUAUUUGUCUACUAUGCGGAUAUUAAUCUCCGUGAUCAAAUUCGCAAAAACGAAGAUAUCCCACUACAAUUCGCCUAUGAAGCUGCGGAUUGUCGCAUUUACUACACUCCACAAACCGUUUAUAAUUAUACCAAUCUAUGGCAAUACGCCGCCGAUGCCAUCUGGAAGAACUCUAGUCUCUGUGUUAAGGGCUCAACUGGAUAUUCAUCCGCAUCUCGAAACUCAACUGAUUUCGUCGGUCCUUCAUCCGGCGGUCUUGUUGCUAACCCUAAUAAUAUUACUAAUUAUCUCUCCCAACUCACCACCUCCCCUAUUGCAAAUUUUAUCCUGCAAGGACUCAACAAUGGCCUGCCAGACAUCAACCAGGGCUCCGCUCGUAAUGCACUCGCAUCAACCAAAGUCAUAAAAUGCAAAAAAAACGCAGAUUGCAAGGGUGGAAAACUUUGCGUCAGCACCCCAUCGUGUGGUGGUGGUAAAGCUGUAUCUCAGUGUCUGAAUCAAUGCCCUCAAGCAGGAAGACAAUGUCCCAGUACCAAAACCAAGUGUAUGGUACAUAGUACAAAUGGGACGUUGGGGCAUCAGCAUCUUCACAAAAACGUUUGUCCACCGACGGGAAGUGCGACGAAAUGUGAAGCAAGUCAGACGAAGUUAAAAACGAUUAAUGUUAAUCAGUGUCCUGAUUGUGAAAAAUAA